CUCUUCCUAAAAAAUGUGUUUUAUAGAGAUCGAAUUUUGAUUACUUUCCCACAUAUUCAAAAUGUGCUACUAAAUAAACAAGAAAUAGUUACACACAAUAGCUUUGACACAACUGCUUCAUCUACGGCUGUGUUGGUUCAAUGCUCGGACAUUCGAUGCCCCCUCAGAUUUCUAGGUGAUGAAGCUCAUUGCUCUACUCAUGAUAAUCAUAAUCAGUGCAGCUACUCCUAUGGGUAUCAAGAUGGGAAUAAAACCUCAGGUGUUUAUGUCUCUGAUGAAAUGUAUUUUGGCACCAUCCACAAGCAGUCUUCUCCUGUCACUGUUAACUCUUCAGCCACUAUUAUUUUUGGGUGUAGCACCAAACAAUCUGGAGCUGUGACUGAGACAGGGGAAGCGCUUGAUGGAGUCUUUGGAUUUGGCCAUGGUGUUAUAUCCGUUUUUUCACAAUUGUCAUCAAAAAGAAUAAUACCCAAAGUUUUCUCUCAUUGCUUGAACGGAGAUACUAACGGAGGCGGCAUUAUAGUUUUUGGUGCAAUUUUAGAGCCAAAUAUUGUUUAUAGUCCAAUGGUGCCAUCACAAUUUCAUUACACCUUAAAUCUUCAGAGCAUUUAUGUCAAUGGUAAACAACUUCCAAUUAAUCCAAAGGUAUUUGCAGCCUCUGAUGAUCAAGGAACUAUAGUCGAUAGUGGUACAACAUUAACAUAUAUUGUUAAAGAAGCUUAUAAUCCCCUCGUUCAUGCCAUCACCGCUGAUGUAUCACGAUUUGCCACUCCCUUCAUUUUAGAAGGAAAUUCGUGCUAUACAGUUUCAUCCCGCAUUGAUAAUUUUCCUUCAGUUAGUUUAAACUUUGUGGGUGGAGCAUUUAUGAAACUAAAACCAGCACAAUACCUUGUGCAAAGUAUGGACGACACAACGUGGUGCAUAGGUUUCCAAAAAGUGGAAAAGGGACUCACAAUAUUAGAAGAUCUGGUUCUAAAUGAUAGGUUGAUUGUCUAUGAUUUGGCUAAUCAACGCAUAGGAUGGACUAAUCAUAGAUGUUCUAUGCUUGUAAACAUCUCGGAGACUACCUACGCAGGUGAAAGCCAGUCAAAGUCAAGUUCCAGCACAUUGCAGAUUGGAAUAACUAUUGGGUUAACUAUUGUGGCUCUUUUGAUGCAUAUAACAUAUUAUGCAAAUCGUUGAAACUCUAGUAUUAUGUAUAUAUGAUAAUCUUAUGAUGAUUGAGUUUUGGAUAAAGUUUGAUGGGAUUAAAGCUGGAAUUCCUCUUCUUUCUAAAGAGAUGAUUGUGUUUUAUACAUA